AUGUGUGAAGAUGAAGAAAGUCAUGAUGCUGGGAAAAUUUCACAGUCAUUUGCCUUUGGUACACAGGCACAAGCAGCUUUAGAAGAAUGGUCUAUUGAGGAUGAGAGAAAAGAAAAAAUAUCCUCAUUACGCAAAAAGUUUUCUUUUCAUCACAAAAAACCUGUUACAACGAGUGUAUCAACUGGGAUUGGGUCGAAACGUAAAAGAUUGUCGGAUGAUUUAGAAAAGGGAGUACCUAACAAAAAGCAGAAAGGCUCAAAGCGCACAAAAUCAAAGGUGGUUAGAAAAAAGAGAGUAACUAAAAAUCGCAAAAUAGGGAGCAUUUCAAGCAAGAUGUCCAAAAAGUAUAAUCGUCGCUCUGUUGAUGCACCAAUGGGUGUUGGUAUGUUGUCUGGCAAAAAGGGAAAGCUCCGAAAUUUUUGUAAAGGUUUAAAAGGAAAGAGUGAAGAUGAUAUAGAAUUGAACGGCACUUCCUCACUCUACACGGAGGAAGAAUGGAGCGAUGCUUUAACGCAAAUUAAGAAGCGGUUUUCAAAAACAAGUGAUGCACUUCAGAGAGAAAGUUUGGAUUCUCUGACACAAAAAUAUAAAGAAAGACAUCCAGAUUUGCAUUUUGAAAAUGCUUCGGUAUCUUCAAAGGGAAUUGUAAAUAAUAUCACUGGAACAUUUGAAUUCUCAAGUCAGAAAGAACCGAAAAGGCUAUGGCCAAAAUCAUCGGGCGCCCCGACCUCACUGAGCAGAGAGGAUAUUAAAAUGUUGUAUGAUUACGAUUCGGAUGGAAAUGGCAGAAGUUUUCUUUCUGAAAGCCAAAGCGACGAUGAUAAGGAAAUUUUUAGUAUAGACCAGGUGGUGAAUACGCAUGGUAACGAAUCUAAUGGUUUUGUUUCAACACUUUCACAAGUAAUGGAUGACGUAUCGAAGGCUGAUCAUGUUCAAAAACCCCAAGAAAUUGAUAAUGAUGAUUUAAUUACAAUCAGUGAUAGUUGCUCUGAAUUAGAUGCAACUCAAAUUAAUCUGGAAAACAUUGAAAGUUCACAAAAGGAUCAUGGGCAGGUGAAGGUUUGUGACGCAAAAAAUGACGAUGCCCAAAAUGAUAUUCCCAACAAUUCUAUUGGUAUAAUUGGCACACAGGAGCGUCCAUUACUAUUAUCAUCAUCACCUAAAGUUUCUGAGAAUGCGUCUGAAAAUGCUCAAAGUAAUUUUGUUGAAGACAGUUCAAAGAAAGAAUUAAUAUCUCACGCAAGACUAGUUAGGAGAAAAGUUUCUCCAAGCAAUUUUCCAAAUGUGACUUUGUUAAGAAGAUCGUCCACCGAAAUGUCUGCAACCCCGGAUAUCAAGAGAUUAAAAAGUAUAAAUCAGCUCCCUGAGAGUAUAGACACUGUUAGCGAAAUACCGAACUCUUUGUCCUCUGAAAAUAGUGAUGAUUUAAUAUGUGUUGGUUACAAUGAUUUGAAUGUUACUGAUACUCCCAUGUUUGAUGCUGCUGAAGAUAAAAUAAAUGGAGACAAUAGCGGCGUUAAUGCUCUUCCGAGUAGUUUCCAAAAUAGGGAAGAAGUUGAUGUUUCGACAAAUGUUAUUCAGGUUGUGUCCAGUCAAAAAGAGCCCAUUGUAGAUGAUAAUGAUGCCAGUGUAUCGUCAUCUAACGAAGAUAGUGAGCCGUCUACUGCCAUAUUUGCAAGUGCACGAGAACAAUUUGAAAAUGCGCAAGACAAGUUUACUCAGCAAGUUGCUCACGACUCACCUGAUCUCUUAGAAACAAAAGAUCUUAAAAAUGUGCUAGCUCCAACUGAAAUCCCAGAUUCUCAAUUUGAGACCCAAGAAAAGCAAAAUAUGGUAUUGUUUGAGAAGUUUACCACCAAACAACUACGAAACCAAAUUAGUGAAUGGGGCUUGAAACCUACGAGAUCUAGAAGCAGUAUGCUGUCGCUUAUACAAAUGACAUGCAACCUAAUGGACCAGACCAUUUUGAAAAAGGCAAUAGCUAAUUUUGAUCCAUCUAAAAGCGAAAUAUUGAAAUUUACUCAAGCAGAAAAAAUGCCUGAAAUUCAAUCUAUAAAGGAGAAGGAAAUAGUUAGGACAAAUGUAUUCAAUAAGAUACGUGAUUGCCUUGUGGAAGGCGAUGACAUGUAUCAGAAGAUUCUAAUGUACAAACCUUUAAAUAUCAACAAAGUUAUGAAAUACCUUCAUAGCUGCGGCCUAAGGGAUUUAGACACUGACGUUGUUUGUGAAUGCUUAGAUGAACUAGGAAUCUGCUUUUCCGAUGCAAACAACCGCAGAUUGCAAAAGAAAGCUAAGUCGAAAUGA